GUCCACAGCACAACAACUGCUCAAGACACACCACGGUUAUCAUUAGAAACCCUCCUAGAGAAGGCUGCAGGCAAACCCUCCCGCCCCCGCUGCCGCUUUAUCUCGGCCUCAGGCCCCCCCUGUUAGUGGCGGGCAGAGAAAGAUAACCUCCGCGCCCAGCCCAGCGGCUGCUAGGAGAGGCGGGUUAAGGGUGGCGCUGCGCAGGCGCUUCGCUGCAAGGCCGAGUCCGGGCGAGUGUGACUGCUUGGCGGCCAAGAAGAGUGGAGGGAAGGUGCGUUUGCUCCCUGCAGACUCUCUCUCGUUUGCUCCUGCUCCUUCGAGGCGCCACUGCCGCGAUGUUCUGCCGGUUGGCUUCCCGGGGCAGAAAUGGCACUAAACUGCUUAUGCCUCUUGCGUGCUUGGCAUCAAGGCAAAAGCACACUCUUCCGGACUUGCCUUAUGACUAUGGUGCUCUGCAACCCCACAUUAGUGCAGAAAUUAUGCAGCUUCACCAUAGCAAACAUCAUGCUGCAUAUGUAAAUAAUCUGAAUGUUGCAGAAGAAAAAUACAAAGAAGCUUUGGCAAAAGGGGAUGUUACUGUGCAAGUAUCUCUUCAACCUGCUCUGAAGUUCAAUGGUGGAGGUCACAUUAAUCACACUAUCUUCUGGACAAACCUUUCUCCUAAUGGCGGAGGGGAGCCUAAAGGGGAGCUAUUAGAAGCCAUAAUGCGUGAUUUUGGCUCCUUUGGGAACUUCAAGGAGAAAUUGACGGCUGUAUCAGUUGGUGUCCAAGGCUCAGGAUGGGGUUGGCUUGGUUUUAACAAAGAACAAGGCCGGCUGCAGGUUACUGCUUGUUCCAAUCAGGACCCUCUCCAAGGGACCACAGGUCUUAUUCCCCUGCUAGGUAUUGAUGUAUGGGAGCAUGCAUAUUAUCUUCAGUAUAAAAAUGUUAGACCUGACUAUCUCAAAGCCAUCUGGAAUGUGAUCAACUGGGAGAAUGUGUCUUCAAGAUAUGCAGCAUGCAAAAAGUAGAGCAAAAUUCUUGCACAAACUGGAACAGGAGCUUUAGUGUGAAUCAGAUUAUUUUUAUAGUAAUGUCCAACUGCUUACUUGCUAAUCGAUCCAGCACAUCAAACAUAAGCUCUUCACAGUCGAGGUAAAUGUGUGUCUAAUAUGGUGAAACUGUAGCUGCUAAUCUGCUGUUCAAAAACAAAUUCUUUAUCCAGUGUGUAAUUCUUUAAAACAUCAAUAUGGGAUUAUAUCUGAAGUUCCUCUUGAUAGACUGUGGGUUUGACACUUGGCCCUGUGAAGGGAACCCUUGAAAGAAGAAAACUCGUUAUACUAAAGUCAAAGGGAGAUAAAUACUAGUAGCAUUUCCAGAGCAUUUUAUAAAAUAGCUUUCAUGAAAGGCUGAAUGAAGCAUGUCUGUCAGAGCUGGACAGCAUUUGAGUAAAAAGCAAUCUACUAUAGUCUUCCUAAUGACAGGUUUGGCAAACACUUGUUCAUCACUACGUCUCUAUUCCUAACGUGUGUUACAGGUUCCAAAGAUUAAGGGUUAGCUUUCAUGAAAUUGCUACCCUUGCAAAAGGAGAGAGAAAAAAUCCUUCAUAAAUUUCAUGUUCGAAAACCGAAGAGAUUUGGUGCAGCAGAAAUAGAAUAUUUGUUUAAGGGUGUUUAAUAUGUAUACUUUUGUCUUCAAAUGUUACUGAAGAUGGGAAGUAUCCAUUCAUUGUUACUUCCAGAGGAUGAUGCUAUUAAUGAAUGGAAAUCAAAUUGUCUUCUGAUAUUGGUCUUGCUUCCUCUUCUGUACUAUAAUGUUGGAAGUAUGAACUAUCAAAAUAAAAUCUAAAAUAACUACCAA